UCUCUGUAGCUCCUUUACCUGAUUCAAGAUGGCGCCAGUGUGUACGGCAGGCCGUCCUCGUCUCUGUUGUCGAUCUCUCAAGGAUAUCAAUUUCCUUGAUAUUUGUUUAUUAUUUGUUAUCUUUCUGGCACUAUGCCCCCGAGAUGGUUAUGCAUUAAUCACCUAUGACCGGGAUACUCUGUUAAAUCUUCGUUUCCCUCCCUAUGCUGGGUUGGAUCAAGGUUGGAAUUUGGGAGACGCUACCUUUCCACGUAUCAUCUCUUCCACUGGUUCAUACGGUCCCCCUCUCUGCUCCCCGCCUAAGAAGCGCUAUAGGAAGCGGGGCAAACGGAGUGGGUUUCGUGUUCGCUUAAAGGCUUACCUUAAAGUAUCAGCUGCUACUAAUUCCCUCACCACCGCAGGGAUUAUACGACUUCCAUCCGCUCGGGAUCCAACACCCUUCAGGCUGCUCAACCAUCGCUGGAUCUGUCCGGUCGGUAAACAAGCCUGUCCGGUCUCUCCGGUAAUCUCUUUGCCUGUUCGUGUUUGGAUUGGGUCCACUAGUGAUGGUGUACGGCACAGGCAUCUAAGCCAGCUAAGACGUACUUCCAGCAGAGAUAAGAUGCCGAUCUCUCGGAUGGCUUUAUUAAACGUAAGAUCGCUGGUGAAUAAAACCUUCAUCUUAAAUGACCUCUUCCUCACCUCUCGACUUGAUGCUCUGUUAUUGACUGAAACUUGGAUUCGUCCUGGUGAGUCCUCUUCCUUUGCAGAGCUACUACCACCGGACUGUGUAUUCUUCAGUUCACCGAGGCCCUCGGGAAGAGGUGGAGGCGUGGCCUCCGUUUUUAAAAACAAACUUAAAGUUCGGCAGCUGCCCUCUCCUACCUACUCUAGUUUCGAGGUCCAACUAUUGGAGCUUGCCGGACCUCCGGCGACUUUAUGUGCUGUGAUUUAUCGACCACCUAAAUACAAUAGGUCUUUUAUUUGUGAAUUUGCUGACUUCUUAGGUUCUUUUUUUAUUGAGUUAUGAUCAAGCUCUUAUCACUGGUGAUUUUAACAUACAUAUUUGUUGUGCAGAUGACCCCCUAGCCAAGGAUUUUCUUGCCCUAAUUGACUCUUUUAAUCUUACACAGUGGGUCAGGGAACCAACUCAUCUUAAAGGCCAUACUUUGGAUUUGGUCCUCUCAUAUGCACUGGAUAUUUCUACUAUGGACAUUGAUAAUGCUGGUAUUUCUGACCAUUUUUUGGUCAUGUUUGAUGUUGAGCUACGUGCAAUUGACUUAAAUUCUAAAGGCUGUCAUCGCCCUGUACGUAUCAUUAAUUCUGAGACUGUGGCUAACUUCAUUACGACCUUCUUAAACUUUGCCCUUUCUGAUCCAGACUUCACUGACUUAAACUGUUACACACCUCCAUUGGUUGAUGAUUUUGUCAAUGCUAUGCUAUCCACCAGUUGUGCCAUCUUAGAUAUUGUGGCCCCUAAAAAGAUGAAGCGUCCCAGAACUUCUCAUCAACCAUGGCUAAAUGACACUAUACGAGCUUUACGUCGUGUCUGCCGUCAAUCCGAAAGGAGGUGGAAAAAAGAUAGGCUUCAAAUAUCCUAUGACAUUCUUUGUAGGAGCCGCUUUCUCUACCAGAACUCCGUAAAGGCAGCUAAAGCAGCUUUCCUAUCAGACAUUAUUGAGACUAAUAGCCACAACCCCCGAAUGUUAUUCAAAAUUUUUAAUUCAGUGAUAAAUCCCUGUCCGGACUCUUUGAGUUCGGCCUCUCAGGCUCUCUGUGAACAAUUUCUUAAUCAUUUUAGUGGGAAAGUUUUAUUACUGAAGGCUUCACACUCUCACUCUCUUGUGCUGAAUCCCGUUCCGGUUUUAGGAUGCAUGUCCACCUUUUCUCACUUUGAGCUGCUAUCACUCCCCACUCUUAAGGGAAUAAUUGAAAAACUGAGAAACUCGAAUUCUGUGCAUGAUAUCCUUCCAUCCCGAAUUAUCAAGGAAGGUUUUGAGGAAAUUGGGCCUUGCAUUUUAUUCUUAAUGAAUUUAUCAUUGUUUGUGGGCUGUGUCCCGACUGCUUUUAAACAUGCGGUAGUGCACCCCGUUCUUAAAAAAAGUAAUUUUGAUCAGAAAGACCCUGCCAAUUAUAGGCCAAUCUCGAAGCUUCCGUUUUUAUCAAAAAUUUUAGAGAAAGCCGUCUUUCUCCAAAUACAGGCUUAUUUAGUUGCAAAUAAUAUCACAGACAAAUACCAGUCUGGUUUUAAGCCUCACCAUAGCACUGAAACGGCCCUGCUAAGAGUCUAUAAUGAUCUUCUUAUAUUCGCUGACUCUGGUCGCCCUGCCGUUUUAGUUUUACUGGAUCUGUCUUCAGCCUUUGACAUGGUUGAUCAUAAUAUACUCUUGAUGAGGCUAGAGCAUGUUGUAGGCAUCAAGGGUUCUGCCCUUAAUUGGUUCAAUUCUUACCUCACUGACAGAUCCUACUCUGUUGUGAUAGGAGGAUACUCUUCCUCUGUUGCCCCUCUCUGCUGUGGUGUGCCCCAGGGGUCUGUCUUGGGCCCUUUAUUAUUCUCUUUGUAUAUGCUACCCUUGGGCUCCAUAUUUGAAAAAUACAAUAUUUCCUAUCACUUUUACGCUGAUGACAUUCAAAUCUACUGUCAA